AUGUCAAUUGAAGCCAGAUGUACACCGAUUAUCAUCGGAGUGGGCGAUAUCAGGAACGCCUCCACCAAAGUCGAAGAUGCACGCGAACCAGCAGACUUGAUGCUCGAUGCGAUUCACCACGCGCUCCAGGAGACUGGUUUGAAUUCGGCAAUAGACUUGAGAUCACAGAUUGAUAGCAUUGAUGUUGUCAGAACCUGGACUUGGGCAUAUGGCGACCUCCCUGGUCUUUUGGCCGAGAAACUCAAUAUCACUUCCCCACUGAAGCAUAAAUUGUAUACCGUGAAUGGCGGGAAUCAGCCUGCAAGGAUCCUUGAUGAAGCUGCCCGUCGUAUAUCCCGAGGAGAGAGUAAGCUAGCUGUGAUUGCAGGCGGCGAGGCUCUGGCUUCAGCGGCCGCAUGUUCGAAAUCGAAUCAUUUCCCACCCCCUGGCUGGACACCUGCCGAUGAAAAUGCUGAGAUAUUUGCUCCGGGAGAGCUCGGCCAACGUGAUGACAUCGGAAGCACACACAUGAUGGGAGCACCGAUUCAGAUAUACCCUCUCUAUGAGAACGGUUUCCGAGCGCGUCGUGACCAAUCAUUCAAUGACAAUAACCAAGAGUCGGCUGUUCUAUAUGCCAAAUUCAGCCAAGUCGCAUCCAACCAUCAAUUCGCAUGGAACUACGGAAAGCCUCCGAUGGAUGCAAAGGAAAUAGGAACAAUAUCAAAGACAAACCGCAUGAUAUGCCAUCCAUAUCCACUCUUCAUGAAUGCGUUCAACACGGUGAAUAUGGCGGCUGCAUGUCUGUUGACGUCUACGGAACAUGCAAAAAAACUCGGUAUACCCGAAGACAGAUGGAUUUAUGUACUCGGUGGCGCAGGAACAGAAGAGAGCAAGAAGUUCUGGGAACGGCCAAAUUAUCACUCAAGUGCAGCAAUAUCUCGUUCUAUAGACGAGGGACUGCGCGUCUCAGGGCUCAAGACCAGUGACAUUGAUAUUUUUGACUUCUACUCAUGCUUUCCUAUCGUCCCGAAAUUGGCCUGUCAUCAUAUAGGGCUUGAUCCGCGCCGACCUACGAAACCUAUAACCGUCCUAGGCGGAUUGACAUCUUUCGGAGGUGCCGGAAACAAUUAUUCUAUGCAUGCCAUAACAGAGAUUGUUCGACAAUUACGCAAUCCAUCAACCAAGAAAAACAAUGGGCUUGUCCUCGCAAACGGCGGAGUUCUAACAUAUCAACAUGUCAUAUGUCUAUCUAAACAUCCUCGAAAGAAUGGACAGCCAUACCCGGCCCACAACCCUCUCCCAGAGACGCUUACAGACCUGCCGAUUCCUCAAAUCGUGGAAAACGCCGAGGGCGAAGCUACUAUCGAGACAUACACAAUCGAAUACAGCCGCACCGGGACCCCUGAAACGGGCUACAUAGUCGGCAGACUGAAGAACGCUAGCAAUGCUCGAUUCGUCGCCGUUACGGCAGAUGACAAGAGUCUCGAACGGCUCGUGGAGUUGGCCGUUGUAGAUCAACCCAUUGGGAAGAUAGGUUAUGUAUAUGUUGAACAGGAUGGGAAUGAUAAAGGGCGAAAAAGGAAUCUCUUUACUUUUGGGGGGAAGACGAGAUUGUAA